CUGAAGGACUGCCUUCAAAACAAAUCCUCUCAUUGCAUUACGUGGGAUUUUAGCACAUUCGCCGCUUUGUUGAGGCUUUUAUGGUCAUGUAAAUUCGCAUUCCUUCGUCUAAAUGCGGAGUGUGAACAGUGGAUGAAUCCCGCGUGAGGAUGGCCGAUGGGAGGGCGUCCUGUCAGGGCUGGGAUAUGCGGGGCUGCGACUCUCCCUCUCGGUUAAAUGGGAACAGAGGAGCGUCUGUUGACAGGGGCAGGACUCUGGAAAAUAUGGUGGGAGUUGCAGAAUUUUAAGGGGGUAACAGGACAGCUCGGAAACCUGCUGAAGUUUGUGUUGAUGAUGGUGUUUUGACGUGUUGGCGGGAGCGAGACUGAUGACAGUUGACAGCCGCGCCAAACUUCAAAGGCGAUCAAGAGCCAGGGAUUUCAGAGCCGCUGCAGGGAUGGAGGGCAACGCGCACAGCCGACCGCCUGACCGAAGGAGAUCAACAAAAAGCAAAGCCCCUCCUCCUCCGGUCCUGACAGGUCUGGAUGCUCCUCUGCUGAGCCACAAGCUCCCGGUGUUCCCUCAUCCAGCCAUGGAGCAGACGGAGAGUCUGCUGGAGCAGGAGCUGACGCUCACCGUCAUCCUGCCUGGAGGAGCAGAGAAGACCACCACAGUCCACGGCAGAUUCUCAGAUGAUUGCUGUUAUGAAACUAAUCAGAUGAUUGCAGUGAGUCAGCUGGGUGGAGCAGCGUUUCUCCGAGAUCCUGCUCCAAAUCUUGCAUGCUUUCGGUUAUACAUGCAGAGAAUGAGAUGA